ACCCCACAGUCCAAGAUUGACAGAUUUACCAUUGUGAAUAUAACACCAUCCAUACUUGGUUGGCUUGAGUCCCACUUUAUUGUGUUAUAUCAAGUCCUCUCUUUUUUUCUCUCAGUAACAUGUUCACGCUGUAGUUUGAUAGACGCGGCCAGGUGCGUCUCACAGACAGAAAAGAUGAGUCGCUUUCUGAACGUCCUGCGGAGCUGGUUGCUGAUGGUGUCCGUCAUCGCGAUGGGAAACACCGUGCAGAGUUUCAGAGAUCACAGUUUUCUGUCAGAGAAGCUCUACACAGGCACACCAGAGUUUGUGAAUGGUCUCCAAGCUCGAACAUUUGGUAUUUGGACUUUGCUGUCUUCGAUCAUUCGCUGCGCCUGUGCCAUUGAUAUCCAGAACAGAACGCUGUAUCACAUCACCUUAUGGACAUUUGUGCUGGCGUUGGGCCACUUUCUGUCUGAAGCCUUCAUCUACAAAACUGCACCUCUGACUAUCGGCGUCAUGGCACCACUCAUUGUGGCAAGUGUCUCUAUUAUAGGAAUGCUGAUUGGAUUCCAGUGUAUUCCCGAGCCACAAGAGGAAGUCGGAGCACGACAGAAGAAGCGUAACUGAAUCCCGGCGGUCUGAUUUUCCUCCGGUCUACUGAACCCACCUCCACAAUGACCACCAGACACACCAGAGACUGGUCCCAGUGUGCUGCUUCUUGCCUUGAAGAACAUGAGAUCUAGAUUUAAAUUCAUUUCCUACUGUAACACGUCCUAUAAACUACAUACAUCUCUGUCUGGGCUGUAUGUAAUGUUUUCAAACUGAUAUUUUACAAUUGACAGAAGGUCAAGUUGCAGUACAGCGAUCGAUAUGUGCUGGUUUAUAGUUAAUUCAUUCUCAAGUGAUCAAUACAUAGAGGUUUCAUUUUGUUUAUUUUUUAGAACUGUGAUCACAGCAAAAUGUUAAAGUGCUGAAUCACACACAUCAAUAUGUGUCUGUGCUCAUAAAUAAAGUAGUUGUUUGUUUUUGUUU